CAGCAGAUUGAAACCCAGUUACCGGAGCGGAGUAACCCUGUCUACCAAGUAAACCCGAGUUCUCUUCCCUCUUCUCUCUCUCUAUCUCUUCGAUCUUUUGUUUCUGAAACUUCAAAGAUGGUGCUCGAGGCGACGAUAAUCUGUAUUGACAAUUCGGAAUGGAUGCGUAACGGGGAUUACGCUCCUUCUCGAUUUCAAGCCCAAGCAGACGCUGUCAAUCUUAUUUGUGGUGCCAAAACCCAGUCUAAUCCGGAAAAUACGGUAGGAGUUCUCACGAUGGCAGGAAAGGGCGUUCGUGUUUUGGUGACCCCUACAAGUGAUUUGGGCAAGAUCUUAGCUUGCAUGCAUGGACUAGAAAUUGGUGGCGAGAUGAACCUAGCUGCUGGCAUUCAGGUGGCACAAUUGGCUCUUAAGCAUCGGCAGAAUAAGAAGCAGCAGCAAAGGAUUAUUGUCGUUGCUGGAAGUCCUGUCAAGCAUGAGAAGAAAAUGUUGGAGAUGAUUGGGAGAAAGUUGAAAAAGAAUAGUGUAGCACUUGACAUUGUCAAUUUUGGUGAAGAAGAUGAGGGGAAGACAGAGAAACUGGAGGCACUCCUUGCAGCUGUUAACAAUAAUGAUACCAGCCACAUUGUUCAUGUUCCACCAGGUCCAAAUGCGCUUUCUGAUAUACUAAUAAGUACUCCUAUUUUUACUGGUGAUGGGGAAGGAGGAAGCGGUUUUGCAGCAGCUGCUGCUGCAGCAGCAGCUGGUGGUGUAUCUGGAUUUGAGUUUGGUGUUGAUCCAAACUUAGAUCCUGAACUGGCACUUGCUCUAAGAGUUUCAAUGGAAGAGGAGAGAGCCAGACAGGAAGCAGCUGCCAAAAAGGCAGCAGAGGAUGGUUCCAAACAGGAGAAAGGUGGUGAACAGCAAGCUAGCACACAGGAUACAACAAUGACUGAACGUGCCAGUGCAGCAGCUUCUGAAGCUGAGACCAAGACGAAUGAUUUGACGGAUGAUGAGAAUGCUCUACUACAGCAGGCGCUUGCAAUGUCAAUGGAUGAUCCUGCAGUAAACCAGGAUGAGAGAGAUACAGAUAUGCCUGAAGCAGCUGCUGAUGAUCCUGAGUUGGCUCUAGCUCUCCAAUUGUCAGUAGAAGAUGGCACAAAGGACUCAGCAAGCCAGUCUGACAUGAGUAAAUUGUUGGCAGAUCAAUCCUUUGUAUCUUCUAUCCUUGCGUCGCUUCCUGGGGUUGACCCAAAUGACCCAUCUGUGAAAGAUUUGCUGGCUUCAAUGCAAAAUCAGUCUGAGCCUCAACAGAAGAAUGAAGACAAGCCACCAAAGGAGGAGGAGAAGAAAUAAUCUGGAGUCUCUUUGCUGUUUUCGUUCUGUUCCUUUGGUAGCAUAUUGGUAGCAUGAUUAAAAUGGACGUCUCUUUAUUAUGUGUGGAUGAUUCAUCAGGUCAAACGCCUAUUAUGAAGAUUACUGCAUCUUUCUAAAAUAUUAAUCAAUCUCAUCACGAAAUUUACAUGAAUCCUUUUUUUUUUUAAUUUGUUGUAUUUAUUUAUUUUCGUUUAUCAGUAGAUGCGUACCGCCGAUGCGUUGCCUUUUCGUUGGUCUUUUAUGUGACUGCCAAACAGAACGGAUAAUAAAAUCAGAUAGAUUCCCUUUUAU